AUGUCCAAGCAACUAAAUCCCUCCAAACAAGCAUGCGACAACUGUCGCCGUCGCAAGAUCAAAUGUUCUCGCGAACUGCCCUGCGACAAAUGCCAGCGGCUACUUCUUUCCUGUUCAUAUAGCGAUGUCCUCCGUCGCAAGGGGCCCAAAUUCCGCACUCUAUAUCCACUGGCCCCAAUUCACCCUCUCUCAUCUCGAGUCAAAGUCACCGAGCAGCAAUAUCCCGACAAAGACAGUGGCGAGAUUCCAGAUUACCAGUUCAAUUCACCCAUCUCGCCGGAAUUCAUCAUCCCAGACUCCCAAUUCACCGGCCAGGACUUCUCGGAUACUUUCUCACACCUUCCACCACCAGAACUUGUCUCUUCACCGGGCUCGACUGACUCAACGGUCGAAUCCGCUAUCGGCUAUGGCUACAUUAACCCACAGCCACACCCACGCCGUCUCUCAUCACAGAUCCUUCUCGCACACGUCAAUGUAUAUCUCAAGUACUUAUUCCCCAUCAUGCCUGUCGUGCGUGGCGAGCAACUCCGGCUAGACUGCCAUGCGCCAGAGCAUCUGUCACCGCGACGGUAUGCCUUUCUAGCAUCACUAUGUGCUGCGACCCACAUCCAGCUGAAGCUGGAUGGAACGACGCCAGUGCCGGAUCCUGAGCGGCUGCAGAGACUUGGAGCUGGACACUCACUGAUGUCUGGAGAAGAUCUCCUUUCAGAGGCGGUGCGGGCACGUCGGGAAUACGACGUUUUGGAAGAACUUAGCACGGAGUCGCUUUUGACUUCGUUCUUUUUGUUCGCAUCGUAUGGCAACCUUGAUCGACAGGAUCAAGCUUGGUUCUAUCUAUGCCAGGCAACCUCCUUUGCUUUUACGCUUGGCUUACAUCGUGAGCCGACGUAUGCUGAGUAUGAGGUUGAGGAGGCGGAGGAAAGACGCCGUGUAUUUUGGCUUUUAUUUAUCACAGAGAGAGGCUAUGCCCUUCAGCAAGCGAAGCCGGUUAUGCUACGCAGCUCUAUCCAUAAACCUCAGGUUCUUUGCUCAGAGGAUCCCAUCUUGGCCUAUGGGUUCAUCAACCUGAUCAACAUCUUUGAGAACCUCACUCCGGGCCUCUAUGAUUGGGUCUCUGCCGGGAGUGGAGAUGGCAUCCUGGAGAGGCCGCCUACUUCGGCCAUCCAAUCGAGUCUUUGCAAGCCUAUCUCUCUUGAUGGCGUUCUCGAGAUCCAACAGGUGGAUAUCUUGAUCACUCAACAAUGGCUGCAGGCAAUGAUGUGGAAGUUGUCUAUGAGCCAUGCUUCGCAGUCUGGCGCGCGCGAUGAUGCAGUCUUGCCAUUUCACCUCCCCGUGAUGGUGGGUAAAUCUGUGAUGAGCGUGAUUGGCGCUGCCUCACAAGGCGCUGUGGAUGCCCAUGGAAUUGGAAUGGAACAGAAACUUUUUGAUCUGGGAGUCUCUGUCGCUGACGUGACAAGAUCUCUCGGACCAAAAGCUGUCCACAGACUGGCAGAGUCGAUUAUUGACCCAAAUGAGUUGCUGUGGGGUAUUCUUCAUACCCUUUCUCAGAUUCGGGGCUCCCCCUCGUAUCUUUUCCCUACAUUGUUGGAUCGCUGCAGAACCGUCCUUGGACUCGACUGCACGAUCAACACUGGGAACUUCCUUCCUAUCCUCGGUGCUGCCGUGCCGGAUCAGUUGGCCUCAUGGUCUGGUCAACAUGUCUGGGAUUAUACUGGCAGCACUGAGGAUCUUGCACUUCACGAUGUAGAGAGCCAAGCUGAGGCCUCCCAUCCACCGGUAUCCCAGGAACUGAGUUUCCAGAAUUGCCUCCUGGGGUAA